CAAGUCGGUUCGGCGAAGCGUCGGCAAUCUUGGAUUCGCAUCGGCCAUGUCGGGCCCCAACUUGACCUUGGAGGAGGCGAAAGCAUUCCUGCGCCUGGACCUCGGCGGCGUGAACCUGUACGACCACCUCUCGGACGUGCUCUUGCGCGUGCUCGUCGAGCGGCCCAACGACGCGGUGAAUGCGUUCGAGCACCUCUCGUGCACGGUACGCCAAGAGCGCUUCAAGCGGCCAGCCGAAGCGAUCGCUGCCGAGAACGCCAUCGACGCCCAAGCGAAGGCGCAGCAAGAAGCAUGGGGCAAGGCGGCAACCAGCCUACUCAAGAUACAGAACGGCGACGAAGAGGUGGCGCCCGAGACGCCGACAGGCGUCGCCGACCUCUUGGACGAGGCCAACAUGUUUGAGUGGGCGGGCCUCGGCUUUUCGCGCGGUGAGACGUUCCGCCUCUCACUCGCACUGCAGAAGCUCGCGACGGUCAACACCACCGUCAAGCUGCGUUUCUGGGGCAAGAUCCUUGGCAUUGGCACCGACUACUACGUUGCAGAAGGCGAGCUGCCGGAACCCUACGAGCCGGAAGACCAAGACGCCGAAGAAGGUGCCAACGGCCUCAAUCGAAACACGUACUGGGUCAUGAAGGACAAUGGCACAUACGAGUGGGUGCAGCUACCGCCGGUGCGGCGCGACCAGAUCCUCGCUGCCCGCGCGCUUCGUCGCUUCGUGCGCAGCAACCUCGAGGGCAAGGUGCAUGGCCACCCGCCGUUUCCAGGGACGGAGAAGAACUUCUUGCGGGCGCAAAUUGCCCGCAUUUCGUCGUCGACCGUGCUGUGCCCGGCCGGGUACUUUGUCGUCACGGAGGAAGGAGCGAUCGAGCCACCCGAGGAGGCACCUGAGGCCAAGUCGGCCGCCGAGCUCGCCGAGCUUGGGACGUGGGUGCACUACACCAAAGAGAUCAACGACAAGUACGGGCGCAGCGUGGCGCUGCCGCCGAAGACCAACGACGACGGCGAAGAGGUACCGUGGGAGGGCGAAGAGUUAGUCGAGCCGUUGCGGGCGCUUUCCGAAGACAAGCCAAAUUCGUGGCGUGUCGAACGGGUGCCUACGACGGUCUCGGCGGCCGUCGGUGAGAUCGCAGUCGUCAAGUCGCUCGUGUGGCCCGGCGCCGUGACGCUCGGCGUCGGCAAGAAGUUUCUCAAUGUCUACGUUGGCCAUGGGCUCAAGGCCAAGUUUGGCGCCGACCACCAAGUGCAGUUGCCCAAGCCGCUCCAGGUCGACUUUGGCGUCGCGCCCGACGGCGACAACGACGCCAAGCUCAAGUUUACCAACUUGCAAGAGCAGCCCGACGUGCUCGUGGACCCGUCGCCGCCCGAGGACCCGGACGCCUAAAGACUGACAGGAUGUAUACAAGCAAUCGAAGUCUAUUCUCGUGUGUCUUAGUAGUACGUGUUGCGCUCGAUCCAGCCGGGCGUGCGCACCAUGCGGCCCGUGUCCGGGUCGACAGUCGUGACCGAGGUUUCGCGCAGCAUGUACUUGCGCAUCUCGUCGACCGAAAAGAUGAGCAGCGUGAACGGCAUACCGCAGAACCAGUGCGUGAGACGCAUCGAGCCCGUCGAGAAGAUCGUGUUGAAGAAGCCCGAGUAGCUCAUGAUCGCGCCGAUGAGCGUUUCAAACAUGAGGCCCAUGAACAUCACGUCGUUGCGCAUGCCCUGCGUGAAGAGCGAGAGGUACCGCGUCUUGCAGAUGAGCAGGUUGCCCCACUGGCUCAUAAUGACCGCGACAAAGUACGCCGUUUGGGCAAUCGCGAGCGCCUCCGACUGCAUGACGCGCGAGAGCACGUUCGAGUACGUCGUGCCGCUCGUAUCCGUGUACGUAAACCCGGCAGCAAAGUCGAGCAAGCACGCGACGCCCGAGCACGACACCGACCC